AUGACCGCGGUGUUACCGCCACAGCCCACUGCGCCCGCACCGACAGCGAAACUUGAUACAACUACCCAGACUCCCAUUGCUGACCUUGCUCCCUCCCACUCGGAGCCUGCUGCCCACAUUCUAGCACAGGUUGCUCUUGUCUGGCCCUAUUCUAGCUCAACAGGAACACUUGCCUUGUUAUUAGCUGACCCUGACAUUCGCCGACGGAAAUCUAGGGGCCAGGUUAAAGUCGUAUUCCGCAGUGGGUGCGCAAGGGAGGUUGCAAAGACCCAGGUGGGCAUUGGGGAUACCGUGAAGCUUGCAUUGGUCGGUUGCGAGUGGAAAGAGACGGGCAGUGUUGUUUCUACACCAGGUAGAAAGAUAAAUUGGGACCUUGAAUACAGUACUCGUGUCCUUCUACAAGUCCUACGCGGACACCAAGAGACGGCCGGGGUGGAUUUUGCCGGAAAUGAGACCAACUCUUCGACUGCAAAUGGACUACUUUCCUAUCUCCAUGGAGGAGCCGAUGAACGAGGAGUGCUUAACGGUGUUAUUCAUCACCAAUCCAACACAAUCCAUGUUCCAUUCUUAACACCCAGAAAGCCAGUCGGGAAUCAUUCCAUCGGAACUUUUAUUGAUGCUGCCUUGGAAUCUUCGGCGGAAGACGAUGGCUAUAUCCUCGGUCGAGGUCGAAAGCGUACCAAAUUCGCGAGAAGCAGUGGAGCAUGGAGUCUCGUCGACUCGGAGGACAGCCAUUUAGGCGCCACCCAAAAGGCUGACGUGAAGGAUGAAGAUGCUACACAAGGUCAAAGUCCUCAAGCUAAAGAUGUUGUUCUGGCUCCAGAGCCAGCUGCCCUUGGCGAAGAAGAUACAACGGAACCUCAGACGACCAGCCAAGUCUCGAGAGAGGAUGUGCACCAAUUUUCUAGAGUUCAAGCAACUGAAGAAGACAUGGUCGACAUCUCGACCUCAACUCCUGCUGAAUCAAUAUUCCCUCACCCGGUGACCCAACCACUGGUGAUGGGGCCGCCUCAGACGCCACUCAGAGCUCCUCCCCACCUGCAACCAGUGAUAAGUGGUAUGGAUGAUCUUGACGCCAGCGACGGCUCGGAGGCUGCGACCACACCGCGACUUCUUCCUAUACCAUCUCCUGGACUUCCUCUAGUGUCUCCGUUAGUCGAUCGUUCGGGAGUCGAGAUCGGAUAUUUUCCGCCAUUAGAUGUGAGCAUAUCACAAUUGGACGCGUCGAGCGAGAAGGAGAAAGGGGCCGUAGUCCCAGAUAUAACGACAGGGGAGUCGAUUGAUCAUCAAUCACUACAUUCUGAUGAGUCCCCAGUGGCUGUAGAGGAGAUCUCAAUGUCACAGAACACGGUCGAAGGCUUCGAGAUUGAAGUUGCCGCGCACGGAGAUACUGUGCAGGUAUCUCCCGGGUCCGAAAUGGAGAUCAAAGGUCAGGAAACUGCAAAGAAACCCGCAUAUGAGGCGCCACAAUGGCUUUCGUCACUGGAGUCCACCAUUGAUCGAGAACUUUUUCAUUCACAAAAUGAGCCAGCUACGCAAAAUGCUUCCCAACGUACCCCUCAAACUGUCGAAGUUGAGGAUGAUGAUCUCUAUGGCGCUCCUGUUGAUAUACCGAAGGCCAGCGGUUCUUUUACGACGUCACCUUCAGUUGAACGGCCUAGAAGUCCACUCGAUGUGCUUGAACAAUUUCUGCAAAUGUCUCCAGUCACAGCCGCUAUUUCCUCAACUCCCUUCGAAUCGACUGGCUGGAAAAAUGCGCCGAAUACACCUCCGCAACAGGUCGCGCCUGAAAAUAUAGCCAUAGAAACCCAGCAGGAAAAGACUCCAGUUUCUGCUGUCGAGAAUCGAUGCCCUGGCAUGUAUCCGGAAUCACAGUCGCCGUUUAGGCAGAACCGUGAUCACCCGGCGAGUCCUGUCAACCUCACUCGUCCUUCGUCGAGUCAAGCCUCACGACCGCAGUCAUUCGAUGGGAAUGUAGAUGAGCAAGAGCACUUCAGGGAGUACGUCAAACGUCUUUCUCAGGAUUUUGUCAGUGUAGGAUCCUCAAAGCAGCUGAUACCUGAUAUCGAUUCCUCUCAAGACGGCAAUCCAAGUCAGAUGGAGGUGGACACCGAUGUGUCAACGGUGACAGUCAAAGUUGAUGAAGGAUCUAAUGUCGAGUCCACUGGAUAUAUCACGGAAGAUGUGGAUCAGGGGACAAUUCAACCGGCGAUGACGGAAGGAGUCAAAGAAGCAGAUCAACAUCUUCUACCUGCUGCAAUGGGCAGGGAGAUGAAUCUCGAGUCCAAUCUAAUAGAACAUAUCGACGCGCACGAACCUCAUGCACUGCUACCCACACCAGACCAGUCCCAGGUGCAACGCUUAUCGCCUGAGCCUGAAACGCCGAAGGCAGUCCAGGAGCUGACGGAGGCUGCAUUUCUAUCGCCCAGUUAUACACAAGAGAACGAGGGUGAUUCGCAAGAGUCUAUAUUUACCAUGCGAAAGGAAGCGACCGCAGCUACAUGGGAGGAGACAGAGACCGUAUGGGUCUCACGAGGCGAAGCAACGCUGUCAACAAUAGCGGAAAGAGCUAGUGCUAUGCAAGAGCCAUCGCAGGAAAUUCAGAAGGGAUCAGUCGCCGAAAAUGGCCCCCUAUCGCAACCAACGGAGGCAGGCACAAGUCCUGCGAUUAUCAAACCUAUCUCCACGCUGCAUCUAGAUACAGUCACACCUCGUCGAAGCUCACAACGGUUAUUAGCAAAAAAGUCUUCCAUGGCAGCGAACAUAUCUAGUCCGUAUUUUACACCUCGCAAGUCCACUCAACAGCUUCACUUAUCGCAAAUGCGGAAAGAGAAUAUACAUCCUGCGACGGAUGACAGCAGCCUUCCAUCAUCGCCAACGCAAGAGGAAGCUGAGGAGCUGCUACUGUCGACUGCAGUCCAAGAGGUCGAGCAGGUUGACACUGAUACUGCACUUGUUUCCCCGUAUCGUAAGACAAACAGAUCGGCAUCCACCAGACACACGGGCACCACAACCCCUCUUACAUACUUUACUCACUUGCGUUUGUUGCAUGAACACUUCGGUCGUCUGGUAGACGUCAUUGCCGCAUGCACAGAUUCUUCGUCGGAACCACAACAGGCGAAAGCAGGACGGAAGGAUUAUCAUACUAUCCUACGACUCGCGGAUCCUUCUCUCGCCCCUGAGGCGCACUCGGCAAUAUCUGUUCAAGUAUUUCGACCUGUUCAGACAGCACUUCCCACAGCCCAUCGCGGCGAUGUGGUCGUCCUUCGGAACUUCAAAGUCCAGACCUUUCGCAGACAGCUCAUACUAUUGAGUACCGACACAUCUUCCUGGGCAGUGUUCAAAGCCAGAGUCGGCGCGAUCAUGAGCUGGUCAGACGUGGUUAUUUCUGGCCCUCCUCUCGAAUAUGGACUCGCUGAAACAAACCGAGUCAGGCUUAUGUUUAGCUGGUGGAAUAGGGGUGGUAAGGAAAUAUUCAAUGUUGAGCCUGCCACACAAGUUGAGCAUCUACAAGCCGAAAAUGGUUCUCCCGACCUUCGUCACGGUUCUCCCAGACUCAAAGAAUCACCACAAGCCAGCCGUACAGUAAAGCCUACAAGCCGUCGUCGAAAGGGCGGUAAGAGCGACGACUUUAGCAACAGAGGGGAGAUCCUUGAGCAUUUAGAAUCCCCAACUAGUCGGGCUAAAGCGAAAGACGACGACAAAAUUGCCGACAGGACAGACGAAAAUGAGACCUUUCCGCAUCCAGCUAACACGACUAUCGGCACUCACAACAGCAAUGGAACAACAGGUGCCUCUGUACAUCGACGAAGGGCCAACGAGACCGACAACUUCGGCGACGAGGGAGAUGAAGACGUGGCCAUGGUUGGUGACGAUUGGGAACAGAGCAUCCCUCUCUCGGACAAAACCAACCGACGCAGAGAAUCCACCAUUUCUACCACGGCCCCUUCAGAAUCCGGAAAACCAUUCACCCCGCGACGGAGUGCGAGGCGUAGGAAGCGGUCUCCCAGCCUCGUGCAUGAAUUGCGGGAUGGCACCAGGUAUGUGGAUGCUGACCGAAGGAGGAGUGGCAGUGUUGUGCACGAGUUGAGGGAUGGUGCGACUUAUGUGGACGAAUAG